GUUUAAGGAGAGUAAAAGCUGCCCUUCCUGCCAUGUGCUGAAAGCAUUGUAGAUCUGAUCCCAGGACUGACAGCACCAUGUCCCAGGCUGAGUUUGACCAAGCUGCCAGCGAUGUUAAGAAGUUAAAGAGCACGCCUAGUGACAGCGACAUGUUGGCGUUAUACGGCCUGUACAAGCAGGGAACUUGUGGAGACGUGAACACCGAGAGACCGGGAAUGUUUGACUUCAAAGGAAAAGCAAAGUGGGACGCUUGGGCAGCAAAGAAAGGAGUCUCCAAUGCAGACGCGAUGGUGCAAUACAUUAAACUGGUUGAGGAAUUCAAAGGAAAAUAUGGAUUUUGUUAAAACUGCUUUUCUGGCCGAUACACCGGCUUAAAAUGUGCUCCGCCUUGAGCGCAGUCUGUAAUACUGUAACCCUGCAAUCAUUAGACCACCAUGGCUGUUUUUUAAUUAAAUCUUGUAACUAACCAA